UGAAACGUGACAGAAACCGAUAUUGGUGUAGAGCUCUGUAUUAUAUACCAGUACUGCAGUUAAAAUCUGUGACUCCUGUAUCGCACAGUUAAAGUCUGUGACUCCUGUCUGUUGGCAGUGUAUUGGGGUUUCUAGGAAAUUAUUUAAAGGAAAAAAAAGCGAUAAGAAAAAGUAGGUGUGGCAGGAUAAGUCAGUUGUAGGCAUUUUGUUUAAGUUUGGUAGAAUUUGAAAGAAAUAGAAGAUAUAUGACAAAGUCAGCAUAAACAACAGAUAUAUCUGCAGCAAGAUGUCGUCUGCAGGAGGACAGUUUGUUCUGCUUUUGUGGAAAAACUUUAAAUUACAGGGCCGAAAGAAGGCCGUAACAGUCUUUGAGAUUCUAGUGCCAAUAUUCUUUGCCUUGUUAUUGUUACUGAUCCGAAAUUUGUCCGAUUCAGAGUAUAUAGACAAAGAUUCAACAUGGAGUCGUGAGUAUCCGCAUUUGGCGGGAAAUAUAAUGAAUAAAACCAUGUUGUUCUACACACCGAGUAACGCAUUUACGGACGAUGUCAUUCAGUCUAUAAUUGAUUCUGGGAAUACAGCGGCAACCAACAAGACAGGGUUCAGUUCUGAAGGAGCGCUCUUAAAUGAAUGGAACACAAAAGAAAAUGCAGACCUUUGGGCUGCUGUCGUGUUCACGUCUGACACAACAAGUAAUCCUCCAGACACCCUCGAAUAUACAUUACGAGUGACGCUACGCAAGGGGAAAGAGGAUGAAGACCGUUGGCGAACUAGUAACACAUACCAGAUCUUCUCAACAUUUGGUUAUAGAAAUAAUGACAGUACUGGCGGCGAACCAUACUACACCGAAACUGGAUUCUUAGCCCUUCAAUACUACAUUGACAAAGCUUUCAUCGAGAAACAUUCUGCCGGUGCGUUAAAUAAUGUGGAGGUAGCCUUGAAGAAAAUGUUAUACCCACCGUUCCUUCAGGAUGUGCUGGCGACAGUUUUACAGACUAAUCUGCCACUGUUCCUGGUUCUCGGUUUCAUUCUCAAUGCUCUUCAAAUGGCCAUGAAUAUUGCUUACGAAAAGGAGAAAAAGUUAAAGGAAGCUAUGAAGAUGAUGGGAUUGAAGACAUCCAUGUACUGGCUGUCCUGGUUCUUUAAGAAUCUUGUAUACCUGGUCCUCAUCUGCAUAUUUUACACAGUAAUAUUUAGCAUCAAGUUUGGUGAGAAAGGGAAGAUUCUGAACUAUACGCAUCCGACAUUGUUCUUUGUGUUCCUGCUGCUGUAUGUCCUGGCAACCAUCGCCUUUUGUUUCAUGAUAAGCACAUUCUUCAGUAAAGCAAACUCGGCAGCAUUUGCGGCUGGUAUCCUGUUUUUCCUGACAUACUUUCCCUAUUUCUUCUUGCGGGACCAGUAUGAGACAAUGUCACAGUCGGAGAAAAUGGCGGCAUGUCUUUUGCAUAAUGUUGGGAUGGCUUUUGGAAUCAACACUAUGCUUAUAUAUGAAGGAACAGGGGAUGGUGCCCAGUGGAACAACUUUUACGCACCAGGAACAAUAGAUGAUAAUUUCUCCUUGCUUGAUGCCAUGGCGAUGUUGUUGGUGGACACUGUACUGUACAUGUUGAUUGCUUGGUACGUGGACAACGUCAACCCAGGAGAUGCUGGUGUGGCACAACCACUUUGGUUUCCUUUUAUGCCCACAUAUUGGUGUGGUUCAAAAGUUGAAGAUUCAGGGUAUGAAAAUACUGGAGAUGGUUCAGUGGAGAGUGAAAAGUUUGAGAGGGAUCCACCAGGAUCAAAAGUAGGGAUAAGCAUCCGCCAUCUUAAAAAGGUGUUUGGUGGAAAUCGUAUAACAAAAUGUUGUAAAAAAGGAAAUACUUUUAAGGAUAAGGUAGCAGUGAAUGACACAAACUUGAACAUGUAUGAGGGUCAGAUUACAUCUCUGCUGGGACAUAACGGAGCUGGGAAAACUACCACUAUCUCCAUGCUGACAGGCUUUCUGGAACCAACAAGUGGUACUGCAGUGAUUAAUGGUAAAGACAUACGGACGGACAUCAACAGCGUGCGUAAACAUCUCGGUCUAUGUCCGCAGCACAACAUUCUGUUUGAUCUACUGACUGUGGAAGAGCAUCUCAUAUUCUUUGCAAAGUUAAAGGGAUGUGCUAGCAAAGAUAUAGAUCGUGAAGUGAACGAAAUGAUCAAGGUUCUCGGCAUGGAACAGAAGAGAAACGCCUUGUCUCAGACUUUAUCUGGUGGACAGAAACGGAAACUCUCAGUUGGAAUUGCUCUUAUUGCAGACUCAAAGGUUGUAAUCCUAGACGAACCAACCUCUGGUAUGGACCCAGCAGCUCGAAGACAGACAUGGGACAUUCUACAGAAGUACCGUGAGGGUCGCACUAUCAUUCUCACAACACAUUUCAUGGAUGAAGCAGAUAUUCUCGGCGACCGGAUCGCCAUUAUGGCUGAUGGUGUGGUGAAAUGUUGUGGAACUUCCAUGUUUUUGAAGAAACUGUAUGGUGCUGGUUACCAUAUGGUUGUUGUGAAAAGUAAGACGUGUGACGUUAACCGACUGACAGCACUUGUGCAGUCUCACAUACCAACUGCGUUCGUCGAGAGUCAGAUCAGUGCUGAAGUCUCCUACUUACUGCCAUUUUCGGAAUCUUCAAAGUUCGAGAAACUUUUCACUGAGAUUGAGUCACAGAUAAGUAACUUGGGAGUGAACAGCUUUGGUGUAUCAGCCACUACAAUGGAAGAAGUUUUUCUCAAGGUUGGUGAGGGAACCGGAGAAGACGAAAAUCAAGCAGGUCCUGCAGAUAUUCAAAAUGGUGGAUACACUAAUCCAAAUUAUGGCAGUACUGGUAAACUACCCAAGAUUGCAUUCGAGGCAAGCCCACCUCGCUCGGAAACGCCUCAGAUUGAACAAAAGGAUAAACUCCCCCCUAUAGGUGGUACACCAGAAAAGCCGAGAAUUAUUACAGACUAUAAGAAUGGAGCUACGAAUGGCUCCUAUCACACUGAUGGAUCAGUUGAAACUAUAGUACCUAUGGAUAAUAUUGCCAGAAAGAAUUACAUUGGUUAUAAUGAAGGAAUAAACAAGAAUUCAGGAAUGUCACUAGCGUUCCAGCAGUUUUAUGGGAUGUUUGUGAAGAAAUUUAUCCACGCAAGACGUAACAUAUCAGUGGCACUAGCACAAAUUCUCCUCCCAGUUGUCUUUACGAUAAUGGCUUUAGCGGUCGAAAAAGCGAUCCCCAAUGUUGGUGAUGAACCGGCUCUAGCACUUGACUUGAGCCCGUUCAAGGAUUACACUGUCCCCUACAGUAACGGUUCAGCGGCAGCAGCAACAUCAGAAAGUAUGGCAAAUUACUACAAAGACCAAUUUAGCGGAAAUACAGCAAAAGUGGACAGAUCGAAGUACACAGAAAUGGAUGACUAUUUCAAAUAUGUUCAAGAUGACGUAGGCAUAUCUACAUUUAACAGGCGAUACAUUGUUGCUGGUGAUUUUGAAGACAGUACAAGCGACACUGCCACUGCCCAUUUCAACGGUCAGCCGUACCAUGGCAUUGCUAUAGCCUUGCAUUAUACCAUGAAUGGACUUUUGAAACACGCAACAUCAGACGCCACCAAAAAUAUAAAAGUCACCAACCAUCCUUUACCAAAAAAAAUUAACGACAACUCCCGUCGUUUAUUCUUCUCAACAAAUGGCACCGGCUUCACAAUUGCAAUUUCGGUUUUAUUUGGAAUGGCGUUCAUGGCAACAAGUUUUAUUAUAUUUCUGAUAAAAGAAAGAUCAGUUGGAGCGAAACAUCUGCAGGUGGUUAGUGGUGUGGGGCCAAUUGCAUACUGGUCGUCAACUUUUAUAUGGGAUAUCAUAAAUUAUACGAUCCCAGUGUUGAUUAUAUUGGUCAUUUUCGCAGCUUUCCAGACAGAUGCAUAUGUAAAUGAGAACCGUCUUGGCAUAGUUUUCCUGAUUUUUAUGCUGUAUGGUUGGUCAGUGUUGCCAUUUGUAUACAUGCUGCAUUACCUAUUUAUGGUUCCAUCACGGGGCAUGGUGGCAGUCUCUAUGAUCAACCUGUGUUCUGGUCUGGUAUUCCUCUUGGCAACAUACACACUUAGUAUACCACAGUUGGGCACGGAGGACAUUGGGAAAGCACUGGAAAUAGUGUUCAUUAUAUUUCUGCCGAACUACGACCUUGGACUGGCCCUAAUGGAUAUGUACACAAAUGCUGGAUACAAGGAUACAUGCGAAGGGUAUAAUUACAAGGCAUUGUGUGCAGCAAUAAAAUUGUAUGAACCGUCUCGCAGAGAUCCAUGUUGCUUUCCAGAUUAUUGUCCGAGUAAUUUCUGUUUUGAAUUCUUUGAUAAUUUCCUUGCAUGGGAGAAACCUGGUAUUGGACGGGAGUGUCUAUUCAUGUUGUUGCAAGGCAUAUUUUACUUCUCAAUUGUUCUUCUGGCUGAAGCUGGAAUUCUACGUCGUAUUGCAAAUCUCUGCACCAACAGGACACCAGUGUCGGUAGGGUCACAGGUUAAUGUACGAGGUCAUGAAGACAGUGAUGUGGCAGAGGAAAAUCGUCGUAUUAAUGAUACACCCAUUGAAAAUAUAAUGACAACCGAUUCACUUAUAUUAAAGAACGUGAGUAAGGUAUAUGGUUCAGGGUUCCAUGCAGUGAAGGGUGUAUCUUGUGGCAUACCGGCACAUGAAUGUUUUGGUCUGUUGGGACAAAAUGGUGCUGGAAAGACAACAACGUUUAAGAUGUUGACAGGAGAUGAAUCUCUCACCACAGGCAAUGCUUACCUCAAUAGAUUCUCUGUAAAAGGGGACAUCAAACAGGUUCAGCAGAAUCUUGGCUAUUGUCCGCAAUUUGACGCUUUGAUUGAUCAGAUGACGGGCAGAGAGACCUUAUACAUGUAUGCUCGCUUGAGAGGGAUCUCUGAGGAUCAGAUUAAAGGAAUUGUAAACCAGGUUAUAGAUAUCAUGAUGCUGCGGAAACAUGCAGACAAACAGACCGGCUUCUACAGCGGUGGUAAUAAGAGAAAGUUAAGCACUGCCAUAGCUUUAAUAGGAGAUCCGCCAUUCAUUUUCUUGGAUGAACCAACCACUGGUAUGGACCCUGGAGCACGCAGACAACUUUGGAACGUAUUGUCAGAUGUCCGAGCUAGUGGUAGAACACUCAUCUUAACUUCUCACAGCAUGGAGGAAUGUGAUGCCUUAUGUACAAGAAUUGUCAUCAUGGUAAAUGGAAAGUUUGUCUGUCUGGGGAGCCCACAGCAUUUGAAGAACAAGUUUGGUCAUGGCUACACACUGUUCUGCAGAAUGGGUUUGGAUCAAUCGGGCUUUGUGUCUGGUAGCCAGGGACUCGUAGGGUUCUUAAAGCAAACAUUCCCAGACACUGAAGUUUUCGAUGAUAACCAAGGCUACAUCCAUUUCCGUAUCCCGGAUGAUAACGCAAAACUUGGUCAAAUAUUCGGUGUGAUGGAGAAAGCGAAAGAACAGUUCAAUGUAGAUGACUACUCGGUGCAUCAAACGACGCUCGAACAAAUUUUCCUUGCUUUCACCCAGAAUCAGAUCGCGCCUAUAGAAGAAAACAAGGGCUGUUGUAAAGGAGGAUGCCUUUGUUUUGGUUAGAGUUAACUCUCUUGGUGUUGAAAUCUGAAUCAAAUUACAGUUCUUUAUAAGGUACUGAAUGUAUCUGAAAUUACUGACAGUUCCAAGAUUUUUUAAGGAUAAAAAGAGAACAAGUUUGUCGGAAAUGGUGAAAACAACCAUCUGGUGCAGAGUUAAAUUAACUUACAAUAUUUUACUAGGUAAUUAGUGUUUAAUAGAUGUUUGUUUUAUUGUGCAGAAAUAUGCCUUAUACCUAUCUUUAUAGGGUAUAUUCAUGUGUAUAUUUAUCAGUUUUGUCUUUGUAGCCACUCUUUUUGAUCAGUAGCAAAUGGCAUGUUGUUAUAUUGCCCAAGCAAGAGAUGGACUGUUAACAAAAAAUUGACUUAAGGUAAAACUUGUAAUUUCGGAAUUUGAAAAUCUCAGUUGCUAAAAGAAUUAUAUGAAUAAGCAGGCCUCUUGCUAAAAGUAACUUGCUCAGAUGUUUUAGGUAACCACUCUCAGUGCUCUAAGAAUUUACAAAAAGUGCUUAGAGUAAUGUAAGAAUGUCGCUCAUCUAGUACACCAGUGUAUUAUGAUCCUUUCUUUUCACCAAAAUGUUUGAGGACUAAAUGAUUACUUUUACAGUUUUGAAUGUGUUGUUAAUCCAGUAUAAAAAAAUACAAAAAUGUAGAAGGAAAGAAAAAUGUUUCUUCCUUUAACCAUGACAACUAGAAAACCUGUCUCUGAAAAAAAAAAGGUUUUGAGACAAUAUUUCAGUUUUUUUUUUUGGUUUUUUGCCUGAUUGCUUGUGUGUAUACAUUUUUAACUGGACUCGUAUUGGCAGUCUGCAAUUUAUUUUCAUUUGCGUAUUCCCCAUUAUGCAAUUUCAGCAUUCUCUGAUUUGGACUGAAAGCCGUUGGCAAGUGUGAAUUAAAUUUACACCCAUAGAAUGCCAAAAUACCAACACAGUCUUGUCAAAGCCUGUUUUGCUUCUGUAAGCUUAAUCAGUUGACAUUAUUGUAAAAUAAUACCAUAUGAGAGUACACAAUUGCUCAGAAAUGGACAAUUUUCAUUACAGGACCACUACGUUAGGUUCAGUAAGCUACUAUUGUUUUCCUUCAAACUUCAGUUUGUCAUGUUAAUGUUAACUUACAUUACAUGUUUUUUAUAACCAAAGAAAUUGCUUAACAUAGUUCUGAAGGGGACCGCAUGACUUCGUAGCACUCACAUAACUACUAUUUCUAAAUUACCAAGUGAUUUGGUAAUGCAGUAUACAUGUAUGUGUCAAUUAAAUUGCAUUCUUUUGCAAUCUGCAUAGAGAAAGGUUGAGUUUUCACUUAACAAAGCAUAAAAGUAAUUUCAGAAGUGAAGUGCAUGUAAAAUAAUGUGCUUUAUUUUCAUAGACUAACAAUUUAGCUUUAAACUUUACCUUCCAGUACAAAUUUUCAAGUUUUCUGAAACAGUUUGUAGAUUUUUAAGUGUAUAUUUUUGUAUAUUUAAUAUUUAUAUGUUUGUGCAAUUAUUAACUGCUUGAAAUUGAAUGAGGAGACUGAUGCUUAUGUUGAAAUUGUUUCUUUUUUUUUAUUUAUUAAUUAUUUUUGUCAGGCUUCAAGUCGUACACUUAAUGACUAAACUAAAGUAUUUUCUGAUAAAGUGAGUAACUCACUACGUGUAAAUUGACACAGUUUUGAAUGGCAUUACUAGGCUUAACAAGCAUUGUAUAAAUGUUGAAUAUAGUAUAAAUUUCGCUAAAAUUAAUAUGUUCUUAUAUUGGACUCCUCAGAUAUUUAUUGAAAAAAUGUAAUGGGGUUGUUGCAAGUGGACUUUUCCAGACCUAGAUCCACCCGAGCGUCGAGUGUGAUCCAAUCAGAUAAAAUUUGCAAGUGAAGUUAUAGCAGAAUACAAGUUUCAAGAUCAAACUACUAUUGUAAUGACCCUUUUAUGAUAUACAUCCUUGUACUAAAAGGUAUUUUACUGAAAAACUAACCACACUGUAAGGUCAUGGGUGAUAAUUCAGAUUGGAAGUCUUGCAUUUAGUACACGUUUUGGACCUCAUAAUGUUGUUUUUAUUUACACAUGUUGGAUUUUGGCUUCAUUUACAUAUGCUGUUUAUUGAUAGAAAUGCCUACUUGAAAUGUUCGAAAUGAAUUGGAAAAUAAUGUCAUCUUUGGUAAACUGCAAUUUAAUCAUGUUAGAAGGGUUGUGAUGGAGAACUUUCCGGCUUGCUUUUCAUGUUUUAAGAAGCUUUUCCAUUUGAACUACUAAUAGAACCAUGUUAUAAACAUUCAUGCAAAAAAGUAUGUAUACACAAUGAUACAAGGUUAGAUUUCAAACUGUUAAGGAAUUUGUUUUCUGCCUGUGCAUAUUUACUUGUGAAGUACAAGCUAUAUCUUUACAAAAAUGUUUUACUUAUAUAAUAAAGAUAGAAUUUUUACCCCUCCCCUCUCCCUUCCAGCAGUAUACAUUAAAAGUUUAACAUAGUUUGAAUUAUCGUUUCCCAGAGCGUUUAGGAAAUAAUAUUAUGUUGUAGUAGCGUUAUUUGUAUCCUUCUUGCCAUCUUUCUUGUUGUUAUUGUUGUUGAGGAACUAGUUAAGUUAAAACUUUAUGAAAUUUUAAUUUAAAUUGUUACAAAUUAACAAAUAACAAUUCAAAUUUUUUAAAGGAAAAAUGCAGAUAAUCUUGAAAAGAAAAAAAUAAUUCAUUUGCAAACCAUCUUUCUUUGAAUCGGAAUUUAUUUUGUGCCUCUGUCAUUUUUAUGUGAAUAUGUCAUAAUAUAAAUAUUAUUCAGCAGAGCUUGUUUUCUAGUUGCUUUAAUUGACAGAACUGAUUUUGCAUUUUGUACAUGAAAAUAAAACUUAGCGCAACUUUUGUUUUCACCUCGGCAAAAGUUAUUUGAAAACCAGUCUUGGAACACCACAAUCUGAUUGGUUGCUUCUGAACAUCAUUUUGAAGUUGACCAAUGGCAAGCCUAAAUUAUCAGACUGGUCUUGAGUUUUCAAUGACUAGACUGAUUUUGAGCUUAGCAUGGAACCUGUAUUUUAUAUACUUACUUGCUUCAUUUCUGUUUACAUCUGCAUCAACAUAGACUUUAUUUACACCAUGUUACUUUAACUUACUAUUUUACAUGGUGCAGUGCUAAAUUAAUUUGUAUUGGUGACAAUAUUUCAUUUUCUUUACUGUCAUUUUGCUUGAUUCUUUCACAAACUUUUUCUGCUUGACAAAAAUGUUACAUGAUUGUUUUUAAAGAUUUAUAUAUGUCUGUUAUAUUUUAAAGUUUGCCUAUGAAUAAAUAUGCUUUGUAUAUUGUUUACAUUACGAAUUCCACAGCACUUUUCUGUGAUCUUGAUCCACCGACAGCCUAAAAUUUUCAAGUUCCUUUUUUGACCACAAAAUAUGUUUUCUGUUUAUGUUAGUUUUGGCUUGAUUUAGCCAGUUUCAGAUAGAAGAUAUACAUCAUUCAGCACAUCUCAAGGGAACUUCCUCAGUUUUAAAGAUAUCUUUAAAAUUGAUAAUGUCCAUUUUUUCAAGAGUAAGGCGUAAGACCUUGAAAAAAUUUUGAAAAGAAUUUAGUUGAGAAUGACUAUCUUGGAAAAGUUUUUUAUCAGUCCAUCGAAAAUAUACCAAAAUUGAAAUUUAAUUAUUUUUUUUCAUGUCCAAAAAGUUUGAAAUUUACAAUGGAGAAUACCUAACCAUAAUUGUUUUUUUGACAAUUAGUUAAGAAAUUCUAUUUCUACCCUUGCAGUUCUUUAGAAGGAUAUAUAAUAGGAAUGGUAUUGUAUAAUAUUUAAAGAGAAAUAAAGGGAAAAACAGGUGGAUCAGAAGUUGAGACCAUUCCUAAAUACUCUGUAUAAUUUAAUAUAAUACAUUUUGCAUCUGACUAUACAUUAAGUGUAUCAAGAUCACAGUCUGAGAUUGUUAAUCUGAGUUUGGAGACCAGUCUCGAAAUUCUGAUGUUGAUUUGUUAUUUGUUUAGCAACAUUUUGAAAUUGACCAAUGACAAGCUCGUAUUCUUACAUCAGUGUCCUAACUCAGUUGUAUAAUCUUUGAGACAGGUACUUUAUGCUAUUACCUCAAAUGUUAUUUAAAAAUAUACAUGCACAAAAAAUAAUUUUAUACAACAAAUAUUCCGUUCUAAUCACUUCUUUGUGACUAUGGUAGAAGUGAUUGCUUGCUUAAGAUUUGGUAAAUUGUGUGUUAUUUUUGUUUUCUACUAUUUUUGUUUUUCAGUUGAAAGAUUGAGGUCAGAAGCUAUCAUAAAUUCUUCAUAUUUCAUUUUGUCUGUGGUCAUAUCUUCUUUAUGAAAACUUUUCACUUUUUUGAAAUCCAUUUGUUAUCUUUUGUGAUAUGUGUUUAAGAAACGAAAAAUCUGUAUAGCUUAGCAUUUUUAAUAAGUUAUUGAAAUCCAGAUGCUGUUAUCAGAUGCUGUUAACACAAACUAGGAACCUUUGUAUCUGUGUUGGUUUUGCCAUGGAUCUGUUCCAGUGAUAUUGAGCAGAAAUCCAACUUAAUUUAUUACUCAGACUUUGUCAGGUUUCAUGAUUAUUCUCUUCUGCAGGCUUUUCAAACAAAUUGAAUAAAAAAAUGCAGUCAUUUAGAAUUAAUGGGUUUAUGAAGAAGUCACCAAUUUUAAGAUCCAAAUGAGUACAUUUAUAGUACACUUGAAUGUACAGAGUACAUGGGUAACCAAGAAUGUACAGAGUACAUUUACUAAUUCUUGGUUACUGAUGUACUCUGCACAUUCAAGUUACCAAUGUACUCUGUAUAUUCAAGUUACCAAUUUAAUGUACUCUUACAUUCUAGUUACUGAUGUACUCUGUACGUUUUAAUUUACUCUGUACAUUCUUAGGUACUAAUUGCCCCAUUGAAGCAAAAAGGUACCAAGUGCUGAUAAUAAAAGAAGUUUAUGGUACCUUUUUGCAAUAAGGGGACGUACUGUACUCUUUACUUUCAGGUUACCGAUGUAGUCUGUACAUUCUAAUGUACUCUGUACAUUCUUGGGUACUAAUGUACUCUGUGCAAUCAAGUAACCAAGUUAAUGAAGAAACUGUCUGGUCUAGAUUACACCAGGUUUAUUUCUAGAAACAUAAAAACGCUUAUUUCUGGCUAUAUAUAGGUAUAUAAAUUACUGGAUAAAUAUAAGGGGUAUUUUAUGCUUAGGAAUUCUUUGGAAUUUUACAGGUAUUCAUGAACAGUGGUUGAAAUCAAAAUUUUAUUUUUUAUCAAAAUGUAUUGUGCCAUUUUCUUCUUCAGAUAAGUAACCAAUUAUUAUAAUAAAUAAAGUUGUUGUUUUUUUUUCAGUGUUGCUUGUCUUGUUUAGGUACUGUAGACUUAAUAAGAAGUAUUAAAAUGCAAGAAGAUUUAACACAUCACCUCAAGGAGCUUGAAUGAUGUGCAUUCCUUAGGCUAGAGUCUACUGCAGAAACAACAACUUAAGCCUUUAAAUAUUAAUCUGCUUUUUUGGGAUGUACUAUUAUUGUCAGAAAAGAGAUAUAAUCAGGAAAAAAAUGCUGUAAUGUAUAGACAGUUGUCUACUGUUUGUUCAAAUAUUUACUGUAUGUUUCAUUAUUAACAUAUAAAGUCACAUUACUAUCAGGAGUUUAAGAUUAACAAUCAAGAUGUAUUAUAUUUUCUUUAUUAUUUUUAUUUUUGUAUCUUAACACAAUGUAUAUGGUAGUCAACAUUACUGUUUGAUUCACAUUUUCCGUAACAAGGUUUUUCCUUGAUUUCACUUUAACCCGUACCCUGCUAAAUUUGUAUAAUGAACUUGUCCAUCUUUCAAUUUGGACAGUACCAUUAACUGUUAAAAGGGGUGCUUACCAAACAGAUACUGACUGAAUGGCAAACAGUGCAGAUCUUGAUCAGACUGCACAAAUUGCAGGUUGAUCAUGAUCUACACUGGUCGCAAAGGCAGAAUCAAUCGUGUCCAGCAUGGUAAGGGUUAAUAUAAGACAAUAAGAUGUAGCAUUUAUAUUUUAUUACCCCGGGAUACCUCAUUUAUGCACAACUGAGCCACUGAUUGGCUGAGAGCAUGUCAUGUGCUAGGUGAUAGUUUCUACUGAUAUCCCCAUUUUGAUAAUGUGACUGCCCUAUAGUGAUGUGCAAAUCGGUUAGAUUUGCCAAUCGAUUAAUCGGCAUAAUCGGACAAGCCAACCGAUUCGAUUAAUCGGAUAUAAUCGGACAAUCGGUUACUCUAGUUGCAUAUCUAUAACUUCACCUCACAGUGUAUGUUUUAUGUCAUUACUUAAGAAAUGAACCACACAGACACCAAAUAUCCUAUUUCUAUUGUAUCCUUUCAUAGGCACGAUUAAGUUAACAGCAUAAAGGUAAAGUAUUUGUGAAGAUAGUUAACUUCAUAUCAGUUGUUCCUCUUAAUUUCACAAGGGACUUAUCCAGUGAUAUUGUGUUAUUAAAAUAAAAUUAUUUGGAGCAAAAAAAUUAUUAUAUUAAUUCUUAGUUAACGACUGGGAUGAUUUCAAGUUAUCCCACAAAAUCAAAAAUUGAAAAUGCCUUUGCUAAUAUGCUUGCGUAAGUCUUACGGGAUGCUAUGCAUACUGCAAUACUAAUGUCAAGAGUUUAGAUUGGUGGUUUUCCCGGCUUAAUUUUGUAAAAGCCAUAUAUCUUCCAAAAUCUGGGUGAUCACAGAUGACCUCAAUUUCUUUCGAGACUUUGGAGAAAUCCAUUUUUACGUAGAGUAGUUUCCCUUUGCGUAAUUGCCCCAAAGAACCGUAAAUACCAGAAAGAGAAAGGUCAAAAACAACUAAAUCAUCCGUUUAGGAUGCCAAGUAAUUAAUUGGUCAGGGAAAAGUGAAGCCGGCGAUCGCGCUCAUGAAUGCAACGCCGACGAUUAUUCGAUUGUCGGCCCAUCACUACUGCCCUAUGUCCGACUGUUUUGUUAACCCUCCAAAUACCCAAGACUAAUCCGAGAGUAAUGUUUAUUUUAAAUAAUGUAUAACAUGUCUGAAUCGUGCAAUAUAAAGCCAAAAUUAACAAAAAGCCCUGUUACAGAUUUGAUGGAUCAAACAUUUUUGAUGUGAUAUUAUUUGUGCCGGUGAUAUAGUGUUACAUCUACAUACCUGUGUGUCUUUUCUAGAGAUGAAAUGAAUGUAAUUUGGAUAAAUUUAAGGUAUUUGAUGUACAGUCAAACUGCGUUCACUCGAACUUGAUAGGACUGGAAAAAUGUGUUUGCGUUAUCAGCAGUUCGAGCCAUCAAACAACAUAUAUUAUACAAGAACUUUUCCGGGACCUUACAACGAGUUCCAGCGAAGCAUGGUACACAAAUUAUCCGAGUUCGAGCAAACAAAGUUUGACUGAAUGACCUUUUUAUCUGCGUUAUUAUGUUCUUAAAAGGAUUAAUUACUAACAACCAAAGACAAAAUUGACUUAUCAAAAUUGAAUCAAAUAAUGUGAACUGUAUGUAUAUGGUCGGAACAGAAAUAACCAGAAUGUACAAAUAGCUAUUCAAACUUACCAUACUUUAGCAUAAUUUAUUGCAAAUUACAAUAUAACUGCAUAAUAUCAAUGUUAUGUUGGUUUUUAGAGUAGAUUACAUAGCUGUGUUUUGUGGAUUAGUAGGAGACAGCAUUAUAAAAGUAGCAUUCUGCGAUUAUUUAAUGUGAAUAUGAUUGUUUUUGUGUGUGUAUUUUAAUGUAAACAAACACUCCUGCGUAUGAAAACCAAAAUUUAUCUGACAUAUGUAUUUGUGAUGAAAUAUAUUAAGCUUUUCUGAUUUUUGUUGUUCUUUUGAAAAAUCAGUAAGAGUUGUCAUCAGUUCAUCAUAGUAGUAGAAUUGAUUGAAAUAUAUGUUUAGGUUCACUUGUCUUGAAAACUAUAUGAGAUACAGCGUUGAAACCUGUUACUUUUGUUUAUCAUUAUUAGGAAUACAAGCAGACCAAGAACCAUAACUCUGUCUUACAUUUUAUCAGAAUUAUGGCCCUUUUGUACUUAGAAAAUUUGUGUUUUUAUGCCCCCGAAGGGAGGCAUAUAGUUUUUGAUUUAUUUAUUUAUUUUGUUGGGUUUAACGUCGCACCGACACAAUUUUAGGUCAUAUGGCGACUUUCCAGCUUUAAUGGUGGAGGAAGACCCCAGGUGCCCCUCCGUGCACUAUUUCAUCACGAGCGGGCACCUGGGUAGAACCACCGACCUUCCGUAAGCCAGCUGGAUGGCUUCCUCACGUGAAGAAUUCUACGCCCCAAAUGAGGUUUCGAACCCACAUCGAUGAGGGGCAAAUGGUUUGAAGUCAACGACUCUAACCACUCGGCCACGGAGGCCCCCAUAUAGUUUUUGAACCGUCUGUCGGUCUGUCAGUCUGUCCGCAAUUUUAUUGUCCGGUCCAUAUCUCUGUCAUUGAUGGAUUGAUUUUCAAAUAACUUGGCCUGAAUGUGUACCACAGUAAGACGACGUGUCGCGCGCAAGACCCAGGUCCGUAGCUCAAAGGUCAAGGUCACACUUAGACAUUAAAGGAUAGUGCAUUGAUGGGCGUGUCCGGUCCAUAUCUUUGUCAUCCAUGGAUGGAUUUUCAAAUAACUUGGCAUGAAUGUGUACCACAGUAAGACGACGUGUCGCAUGCAAGACCCAGGUCCGUAGCUCAAAGGUCAAGGUCACACUUAGACGUUAAAGGAUAGUGCAUUGAUGGGCGUGUCCGGUCCAUAUCUUUGUCAUCCAUGGAUGGAUUUUCAAAUAACUUGGCAUGAAUGUGUACCACAGUAAGACGACGUGUCGUGUGCAAGACCCAGGUACGUAGCUCAAAGGUCAAGGUCACACUUAGACGUUAAAGGUCAUUUUUCAUGAUAGUGCAUUAAUGGGCAUGUCCGGUCCAUAUCUUUGUCAUUCAUGCAUGGAUUUUAAAAUAACUACGCAUGAAUGUGUGACACAGUAAGACGACGUGUCGCGUGCAAGACCCAGCUCCAUAGGUCAAAGGUCCUAAACUCUAACAUCGGCCAUAACUAUUCAUUCAAAGUGCCAUCGGGGGCAUGUGUCAUCCUAUGGAGACAGCUCUUGUUUAAAUAAUUUUUUUGUUUAUGUCUAUAUACAGAAAUGAACAGGGGUUAGGUAAGGCACAAAUAUAGUCAAAGCUUUAACAUUUUCCAUGCUUCAUUUUGUCAGUGAAACUUUAAAGUUAUAUGUUAGAUUACUGUUAUGCAUCAGGAAAACAAUUAAUUAAGUGGAUCAUACUUGUAUUUAGAUUAAAUUAUUUAUAACGCUUAAUUAAACUCUCCUGAAACUUUGUUGACACUCUCUAUAUUUCUUUUAUACAAAUGAAUCUGAGCAGACUGUUGAAAAUAAAACCCUGAAAUACCAAAAAUCUCAGAGCAAACAGGCCAUACCAUUGAAGAUAUUUUUGACUUCCGUUAUGUUAUUACGAAAUCAGGUGAUAUUUGAAAGCUGAAAAAUUUAUUAAUAUUCAAAAAAUUUCUUGAAAUCCUUUACAUGCAUAGGUGUGACAUAUUAUAUUCAUAAAGUUAACAUAUGAUAAACAGGUGAUAUUUGACAACUUGACAAUUUGUUUUUCAUAUUGCCUAGGAAAUAUUUUCUUGAAAUCCUUUUUCAUGCAUAUAGGUAUGACAUAUCAUAUUCAUAAACAUGUGAUAUAUGUUAUAUAUUGCAAGACUGUUCUGUACUUGUUUUACAUUUACUAAUAUUUAUACACAUCUCUUUAAAUUUAAUUAUGUAUUGUUUAGUAUUUUUCUUGUUGAAUAAACUGGAAAAAAGUA